CACUCAUCAGACAAAACACGGAAUAGCUUCCAUUUCACUUCACUUCAUUUAAUUUGCGAUAAAAAUCGCAAACAGACCCUACUCAAAACAACUAAUAGCCAAAAUUCAAGCUAUUUUCUUUUUUUAUGCUUAUAAUGUUAGGGUCUAUAAUUGUUUAAUAUUGUAGAGGGCACAGCACACUGAACCAGCACAAGAAACUCCACACAGGAGAGACUCCAUACCACUGUGAAUACUGUCCUAAGAAGUUUAGUCGACGGACAGGACUUGUUAAUCAUAUUCGGAUGCACACUGGUGAAAAACUAUACAGUUGCGAUAUUUGCUUCAAGAGUUUUGUUCAAAGCGCACAAUUAUCUAUACAUAUGAAGAGGCACAAAGGUGACAAGCCAUAUUUAUGCCAAGAUUGUGGAAAAGGUUUUCCAAUUAAAGCUGAUUUAAAGGUUCAUCAAAGGAUACAUAAUGGAGAAAAGCCAUAUUCUUGUCACCUGUGUGAUAAAACAUUUGCUACAUCGGGAAAUCUUUCAAUACAUGUUAGGAUACAUAAUAAAGAAGUAAGAUAUAAAUGUAAAGAAUGUCAGCGAGGUUUUGUCACAUGCAGUGCAUAUAAUGUACAUUUAAAGAGACACAAAGGCCAAAGAGAUUAUCAUUGUGAAUGUGGUAAAACAUUUUACACUUCAUCGGCUUUAAAACAACAUAAAGUUGUCCAUACAGGAGAAAAGAAUUACAAAUGCAAAAUAUGUGAUAGGAAAUUUUCACAAUCAAGUCAUUUAGGGAGACAUUUUAAGCGGGACCAUGCGAAACAAAUUCCCGUUCCAGCUAAUUAUUAUAAAUUAAUUUCUAUGCCAGAGACAAAUAAACCGUUUGACGUAUUUAACCAACAAAUGGCGCCAAAUGAAAGUGUCAAAUGUGAAGGAUCAUAGUGUUGCCAUAUUUAUUUUAUAAAAAUAGAUUUAUUUUUCAAAUUGAGAUGUACAAAAACAGGUAGGAGUCUAUUUAAGUAACAAAUACUCAUUUAUUUAUAACAAGCAACCAAAUACUUAUAAUUCUGGUUACAAAUAUUAGUUUUGUAAAAUUUUACCGAAAUAAAUUUUGUAGAUGUUGUUGUGAAGAAUGAAAGGUAAUCUCUUUGUCAAAGUUGAUUGUAUAAUAGUGCCGUAUUUAUUUAAUUUAUCGUAAAGUACAUUUAGUUUUAAGUGAAGUUUGUAUGAAAAUAAAUGUUUUGCAUCGA